CAGGUGUUUCAGCUCGCUUCCCGUAGACUGCUUGGAUCAUUCGCUUGUUCGGUGCAAAACACAGUGAAAAAAAAUCAAAAAUGAGCAAGUCGAAUCUAGUCAAGUACGGCCAGACCAUCAACCUCAACCUGGGCUGUCUAGGCAUGGGGCUGAUGACAUCCGUCAUCGGAGCCACCCUUCUCGACCUGACCGAAGUCUAUGACAGCCGGGUCGAGUUGGCAUCCCAUGUCAUCACAGCCCGGGGAAUCGGAGCGUUGAUGGGGUCCCUCUUCGGAGGGAUGCUGCUUGACAAAUUCAACACUCAGAUCUUGAUUACGACGGCGAUGCUAAUAGCAUCCAUCACCAUUCUCUUGGUACCGGUAUGCCCCACGUUACCGGUGGCCUACGUCGUGACAUUGAUAUACGGCCUGACGGUGGGGAUUUUCGACACGGGCGCAAACAUCUGGAUCAUCAACUUAUGGGGCAAAAACAAUGGUCCAAUGCUGCAAAUUUACCACUUCGCUUUCGGGCUCGGAGGCCUCGUGUCACCCCUCGUCGCCGAACCCUUUUUGAGCGUCCACCACGCAGAGGACCCAGAGAUGAUGGAUUUCCCAAGUCCGUCGCCGAUCGGGGUUCCAGACUCGCCAAGCUGGAACGAGACAGAAGUUGUGGAGGCGGUUCUCUCGAGAUCACGGAUCGAUAUACCGUAUGCAAUGAUCGCAUGCAUACACUUCCUGCUAUUCGUUUCGAUGUGCGUCAUGUAUAGAAUCGACCCUUCGGAUUCGAAACCGCCUCCAGAACUUUUGGGGAACGAGGUGACUGCGAGCAAACCGAAACGGUAUACGCUGCUCAUGUGUCUCUCGUUCUAUCUCCUCGUCUACGUUGCCUUGGAGAGCUCUCUCGGACAAAUGCUAGCGACCUUCGCGGUGAAGAGCAAACUGCACUUCACGAAAUCGCAAGCCUCUUAUCUGAGCUCGCUGUUCUGGACGUUCUUCACGAUGUCGAGGGUUCUGUCGGCUCUCUGGGCCAUGGUUUCCACGCCCAAGAGCAUGAUGCUCGUGGAGCACGCCAUGACCAUCGUCGCACUGGGAACUUUCCUCUGGUUCGGCGAAACUAACGCAACGAUGGUCUGGAUUUGCGCAGCUAUGGUUGGCGUCGGCGCCGCCGGAAUGUUCGCCACCGCAAUCACGUGGACCGUCGAGUUUAUGCCCCUUUCGAAUAAGAUGAUGUCGAUCUCGACAGUGUUCUCGGGCUCCGGCGGAACGGCACCUCCUUUCAUCGUUGGGAAAUUCAUCGACAAAUGUCCGAUGUCCUUGAUCUACGCAUGUUCGAGUCUCGCGGUCAUUCUCACUUUCUUCAUGUGCAUCAUGUGGAAGAUCACGAGCACGAUGACUCCUAGGAAGUCGAUGCUUAUGGACUCAACGGAAUUGAAGGAGGCCGCAAAUGGCCCCUGUGAGAAAGGGGAUGACGCGUCGAUCGCGGCUGUUUAGUUAGAUAGGAAAUCAAAGAACUGAAGUUUUGGCGUUGAUCCCAAUGAGACCGAUAAUCUCGAUGUCCACCGUCCUCCUGUAUAUAAGUAUUUAUCUAUAAAUUAAUCGACUCGGAGCAUAAAGAUCGAAUAA